UACACAAUAAACAUUGUCUCAAAAUUGUGUUUUGAUUUUUUUUUAAUUUUUAAUUUUCAUCAAUCAUAAAAAAUGUUAAUAAGUGAUAAUCGUAAAGAUUUCUACGAUCCUUUAUUACAAAAUCGUUCUCAUGUAUUAAUAUUGGUAAGCCAUGAUCUGGAUUCGAUUGCAGCGGUCAAAAUUAUUCGAUACAUAUUCGAAUGUGAUCAUAUUCCAUAUACGAUUGUACCGAUUCGAACACGUGCAGAACUUCAACGUGCCUAUCAAGAACGUCGUAUCGGUAUUAGAUUUAUUUUAAUGAUAAAUUUAGGUGCCACUUCUGAUGUAAUCGAUGUUUUAAUGCCUGAAAAUGAUGUACAGAUAUUCAUUGCCGAUUGUCAUCGGCCAUUAAAUGUUCAUAAUGUUUACAGUGAAAAAGAUGUACUGGUUCUUUGUUCAAUAACCGGCCUGAAUAAUAUUGAAGAUGAAUUCCAAAAAAUUCCUAAAUAUGAAGAAUUAUUCUGGGAUUCUGAUCUGGAUGACGAUGAUGAUGAUGUUGAUGUGCGUCAACUUUCACUUGAACAACUUCGUAAACGAAAUGCAUUCAAAAAAUUCGAAACUAAACGUUUGCAAUUAAUGAAUGAAUAUGAAGAAAAUUCUCAUUAUUCAUAUUCAACGGCCAUGAUAUUUUUCGAUUUAGCCUGGAAAUUGGGAAAGGAUUCAAACGAUUUAUUAUGGUUGGUCAUAUUAUCUGUGACUGAUAAACAAAAUACUUACAAAUUACCAAGUGAUUUGAUGAAAAGAGAAAUGGGCUACCUAUCAGAUUCGAUGCAACGAUUACGAAAUAUUCGUUCAGAUCGUGGAUUCGUUUUAAAUAUUAAUCGUGAUGAUGCUCAACCACCGGGUAAUCAACAACAUUCCGAAUUAGUUAUGACAACCAAUCAUCUGAACAUUUCAUAUGAAAAGGAUCUAAACCUAAAAUUGUAUCGAGAAUGGUCAUUAUACGAAAGCCUUUGUCAUACAAUGUACACAUCUUGUGGUUUUAAAAUCUGGAAACUUAAAGGCCAUAAACGUUUGCAUACAUUUUUAGCCGAACUUGGUCUACCAUUGAAUCAAAGUAAGCAAAAAUUUCAAUCCAUGGAUCUGGAUUUAAGACAAAAGCUUAAAUCAGAAUUUGAUGAAAAAAAAGUCAAAUACAAUUUGCCGAAAUUAAUCUGCUAUAAUUUUGUUGGCUGUCGUGGUAUUAGACAGAAAUUCAGUGCUUCCGAUUUGGCCAUGGCAUCCAGAGCCUUAUUAGAAGCGCCCGGUCGAGAUAAAAGUUAUAAUCAAAAAUUUUUUGAUUCAUUUGAUUCACUUACUUGGAGUAAUCAGGAUCUGAUCGAUACCGGUAUUGGUUUGGCAAAAGUACAACUAUCAGCCAUUGUCAAACAAGUACAAUUAAUUAUCGAUGCACAUUUAAUGUCUAUGAUGAACAAUGUUUUAUGGUAUGUGAUCAUACCGGAAAGUACACCAGAUGCAAAUCUUUUUUGUCAUCCUGGCUGUUUAAAAGCUUUGACCAUUUAUACGUUGAGCGCAUAUGCUUCCUUUAACAGUAAAUCUCAGCGUGCUAUUCAAAUGCCAUUGGUAUUGAUUACACCGGAUCCUGAAAGGCCUGGAAUGGGUCUGGUUUGUGGCGUAUCACCACUAUUAGCAUUGAAAGAAUGUCAAACAUUUUAUCGACAAGCUUUUUUGACCACUUCGAAAAGAAUGGCUAAUAUCAGUGAUAGCUGGUCAUAUGAAGAAAGUAUUAUUGAUCCGGAUAUCGCAUAUAUCACCUAUAAAGAUGGCCAUAAUUUUCUGCAUGAACUUUCUCUAUUACUUGAAUCAUAGCAAUGAAAAUUCUGCACAAAUUCUUAAAAUCAAACAAUUAUGACUGUUCAUAGAAUUUGUUACGCAAGAAAAUAAACAUUUGAGAAUCGCGCCGAUUUUUUUUUGUUUUGUUUUGUUUUGAUCAUCAUCCAUGUUAUAUUUUCAUGAAUUUAAUCUUAUUAUAUUUAUUCAUAAUGAUAAUGAAACGUAAAAAUGCCGAAUAAAGCAACAAUUUUUAUUA